UUUGUAUAAGAGAAAAAAUCUAAUAGAACCAAAAGAACUGAUAAUUUGGUGGUAUACAUUACAACAGAUACAAUUUUGUAUGCACUUAUGAAUCACAUUACUGUCAAAAAUACCACGUUUAUAAGUACUUAUAAGUAGGUGCAUAUGAAUACUCUAAAGUACUUAUAAAUACCUACUUAAAGUAUUUUUAUAUACGACGCACGUCGCACACUAUAGAGCUGAAGAGUUUAGCUGAAUAAUCUGUGUCGUAGAUAAAAUGCUCUAUAUCACACGUAUGGUAACGCUCAUUACAGCACUCGUGGUUAUGUGACUCGUUACUGCAAUGAUGCUCAUCCUAUUAUUAAAAAACUAUAUAAGUACUUGAGUGAAUAUGAAACAUACUGUUAUUUUUUAUUUUACUUUAAGUACAUUCAACAAAUAUUUUACUUUAUUUAAUACUUUAAGUACUUUUGCUGAGUAUAUACUUAGCUCAGCCCUGGAAUGUACUCUAUUUAUUUCCACAAGCCAAAAACAGCACCGCAGAGAAAAUAAGAACAAUCAAAAAGUCAGGAGAUGUCUGAUAAGUGACUCUGUUCCUAAUAAAACUUGCCCAUUAAUCAUUCUCAGGUGUAGCCAAAAGUGAACUUGAUAAUUUGUACAGAGUUUAAGUUCUUACCUAUUCAAAAUGUUAUCCUCAAUUAGCCACAAACGGUUGACAGACAAUGUGGUGCAUUCAUUGAAAAAGAAAAAAAUCAAUUCAAUACUAGAUUUAAUGAAUCUGGAUAAUGGGGUAAUAGAAAGAUACACAAGCCUUACUUUUCAAGAAAUAAUUGAACUCAAAAAGGAUUUAUCAAAGACAUACUCUGCUCCACCUAUUACUGGCUAUACAUGUUACCAAAAGCUUAUGUCCCAUUCUCAUUCUGCACUAAUUUCAACUGGAUAUCCCAAGCUUGACGAUCUUCUCGAUGGUGGUUUUUAUACUGGAACAAUUUAUGAAUUUUGUGCACUUCCCGAUUGCAAUAGAUUGAAAUUUACGUUAACUCUAUUACGAAAUAUUAUGUGCAACAAUAAUAGUAUUCACGUUGGCAUUCUAGAUACUAACAGACAGUAUUCCGCAAGCCUUAUGAAGACUAUACUGUCUAAAAAAAAAACAGAGGAAGAAUGUUGGAACCUAUUAAAGAACAUCUCAGUCAAGCAUAUUUCCAAUAAAUAUAUGCUCAUAAGUGAACUAUUCAAUAUCAAAAAGCAACUAGAAAACGGGGAAUUAUGUGCCGAUAUAAUUGUAAUUCAUACAAUACCAUCAUUAUUUUUGGGCACAAAAGAUGUUACAGAACGGAAUCACAUGCUGAAUCAUUUAGCCAAUAUUUUACGAUACAUCGCCAAUGAACACAAUGUUGUAUUCAUUUUAACAAAUCUUAUAACCACUUGGAAUAAGGGAAGUUUUCAAGACCAUCAAGAAACGGGAGAAAAAGUGGCUUGUGGAAAAUAUUGGCAAACAGUACCAGAUGUUAGAGUUCGAAUUAAUAGAAUGGCUCUUGAUGAACAUGAAUGUAUUUUGUUGAAAUCUAAUACUAUCUCCAUUUAUGAAUAAAUCUUAAAAUCAUCAAAAAGGAAAAACCAUCUGUGGUGCUUAGUGAGAAACAGAUAAAAAAGAAAAUUUGGAGUUGGAAUGGGCUUAGUAUUGAUUUAGCAGAAGCAGAUAUCCAAACUAAAAGACAUACACUCUUUGUUAGUAUUCAAUUAAAUUGCCUCUUUUCGCAACCCCCAAUCCAUUUCCACCAUGCAAAACUACCAAAGUAAUUGCUUAGCGUUACAGGAAUAAAUUUUGUUUUAUUAUGUACUUAUGUAAAACAUUUUAUUUCAUUUUUCCUCUUCCAAAUCUCCAAAGACUUUUUUAAUAAAGGUGAAGCAGACAUUAUUGAGAGAAGCACUUCACAGUACAACAAUAUUUUUGAUUUUGGUAUCAUCUCAAAAACUUCACAUUGUAAAUAUGAUAAGGACAUUGAGAGCCUUCUUUCAUCUGGGCAUGGAAGUAUAAUAAUUAUUUACAUUAGGAAGAUUUAUUCUAAACAACUUGCUAAAGUUCCAUUUUUCUUUGCUUCUUCAAAAUUCUUAUAGAAAUCUCCAAAAUCAACAUAGGCAGGAAUCCUCUGAUCAGGUCCAAUAUCGUCUUCAGAUUCAGUUUUUGCUUCCGAACUAGUUGUGGUAUUUGUCUUACUGAUUGUGCUCAAGUUGGUGAGGGUAUGUUGAGUAGAAUUAUUACUGUUUGUUAUAUCAUUUGCAAUAACCAAUGGAUUAAAUUGCACUGUUGGUUUUGUUGGGGACUUUAAUGCAUUAGGUAAUGGAUAAUUGAAAUUCCUCAAUACCAAAGUUAUAUCUUCCCUUUUUGGAGUACAGGAGUGAUUGAAAGAAUUUGACAUGUACCAAUCAUGAUGUAGCCGGACGACUUUAUCCACUACAGCUUGAGCUACUCCUGUAAGGGUAGCUUGUUCGCGAAACUGAUAAAAUAGUAAAAUAAAUAUUUCAAUUUUAAAUGAUACACUUUUGCUACCUGUUCUACAACCCACUGAGCAAUGUGCCUAUUAACUUGUUCAGGACCAAUGGAUUCUUCAACAGAUUUAUAUAAGCCAGCAGUCAUUAGAAGCAAAAAUCUACAAGAUUCAUCUAGAAUAAUGCCACCAUGGACAUCUGGUUCAGAGAUGACUGGUUCUUGUGUGGCCUUUGAUAAAUCUUCAAAGUCCUUGUACCCAUCUUUAAUGGCAUAAUUACCCAAACAUCUUGUAUUUUCUUGGUUACCUAAUCUUGAAC